UGAUUAUAUUCGCAUUGUCAAAGGCUAUGCAAAAUAUUGAAGAUCAAAAUAAAAGAUUAGCAGGAAAUAGGCGCAACUAAAGACAAAAAUGUAAAAGGAAUAGUCGAAUUAAACGUUUAUUGUGAAGAUGUAGUUUGUGUCGGUGGUAUGGAAUUUUCUCAAAGACCACUUAAAGUUGAAAUAGUUCUAAAAACAGAGUGAAGUCAGACAAAACAAUCACAAUUUUGCAUAGCUUCAAGCUAAGUAGUGUUCAAACAUGAAAACUAGAUGUUUGGGGAUAUGACUUUUCUCAAGUUUGGCAAUUUCCUGUCUUAAGCCAUGAUAAUCAUGUGGUCAUUUUAUCAUUUUAUCAACAACUCGCCAUGUUUUCCCAAUGCUCAGAUAUAUUAAAAAGUAGAUACUCGAGUGUCGUUUCACAUAUAGGAAUUUAUUAGAUGUGACAGGUGAAGAAGAAGAAGAGGACUACAAUUAGGUACAGAAGUGAAUAUACAUGAUAGAAAAAUGACUACCAUUCAAAGGCCUAUCUUGUCCGAGCAAAAGUUUCACAACUGGAUAAAAGAUGGGAUAGCUCUAGUGCUUACAAAAGAGGGGCUGGAGGACAUCGUCAAAAACGAAAUCGCUCAGUUUCAACACAAAAUAUACAAUGACAUCAAAAAUAAUAAAGGACAGAACACUUAUUGUAGUUCUUGUUUCACAGAAAAUGUAAUCAAAUGUUCAUCGAAAAACAAACUUUGCCCUCAAGGAAAAUGCAUAUUUAAGGCAUGUCCUUUGAAUAUUUGUCAGGAUGUCAGAGACAAAAUCAUCAAAGCUCACCGAUUCUCGGGUCCCUCUUGGAGGAAUACAGACGCCCGACAAUGGGCUAACACUCCUUGGGAGAUUGCCAAAUGCUUCAUGCCCCCAGAAGGUUAUAGUUCUGUGUCCACUGCAGCAGAAACAGAUUUCAAUGGCAUCAUUAGUGUAGUGAUCAACUAUAAGGAAUUCCAGACUAAAGUUAGUGAAGACUUAUCGAACAACGCCAAUAUCUUCUGCAAGGCACGAGGAAUAGGCAACAAAUACAGGCACAGUAUCCAAUAAAGACUUUCAAGACAAUAUCAAGGCACUUACCAGCGUAUUGACGGAAUCAUUUAUAGCUGGAGACAAAAAUGCUCAAAUUGCUUUACGGAGACUCCACCAGGUUUCUCACUGAGCAAAGAUACAUGGACAAUAACAGAUAAAGACAUAUCUAAACAUUUGCAAAAUGCAACCGAUGAAGCCAAGGAAAGUAUAGACAAGACAAAACUGAAGCUUUUAGAAGGGGCGAAACGCUUCAUAGAAGCUAAUACAAAACAAGAUAUCACUAAAGUUCUGACACAGCUUCAGCAUAUGUUCUCUAAAUACAAAGAUGAAAUUGAAGUAGCGGUCCGGCAUGGAAUUAAGCGAAUACGACGAGAGUCUGAACCUAGUACUAUUUAUAAAAGACUUCGAUCUGAGACAGAAGAAGAUUAUCACUUGCAAACAGAAGAGCUCCGUCAUCGACUAGUUCAGACGUAUAAAAGUAAGUGCUCCACGCUCCCAAUUUCACCGCUACUUGAAGAGGAAGAACUUCCUUUAUUGACGUUCUUUGUGAAGCCGUAUAUGCGACGUCUAGAACAUCACAAAAUACAGAAAGAAGAAAUUUCCGUUGAUUCGUACAGAAACCUAUUUUAUUAAGGGGAACAACAAUGCAAUAACAUUUAUAUAACUGGAGAUGCUGGCGUAGGAAAAACGGCGUUGUGUCAAAGAAUGGCCUUGUUCUGGUGUCUCGUUAAAGUUCAACCUGCGUUAGAUACAGAUGACGAAUCCGUUCAAGAAGACGCACCAACAAUGGACCAGUUUGAUUUCCUGUUUUACAUAUCACUGCGUGACACAACAUUUGCCAUAUAGAAGAUAUCAUUAUGCAUCAACUCUUAGGCAUGGUAGAUAACAGAGAAGUUUUGUUGAAGAUUUUAAACAAAGAGAAAUGCUUGAUUAUUUUAGAUGGUCUCGAUGAGUGGACUCAUCCGACAGAAACAAAGCAGUGUCCGAGUAAUAUAAAGAUACCACACAGGCAAGAUUUAGAAAACUGUGUGUAUUUGACAACUAGUAGACCAUACAAGCUUGACUAUUUGAGGUUAGGGACACACGAAAUCGACCAGCAAAUCGAAAUUUUAGCGAUGGAAGGAGUUGGCUUAACAUUUGUUGAACUAUUAAUAGAGCAUUUGAAUGAUAAAUGUGAUGGCUCAAAACAUCCAAUAACAUUCCUAAAUAAUGUUGCUGACAGCAAGUUGGAUGAUCUUUUAAAUGUAUUUUUGAUAACCACACAUCUUAUUUGUCUUUGGUUUGAUGGAAAAUUAAAAGAGAUGUCUCUUUCAGAGGUAUAUGGAAACACUUUGGAAAUGAUGUUUCAGCGUGCGUUUGAGAGAAAAUCCAGAAGUGAAACAAGGGAAGCGCCGGUUGGAGCAGAGCAGCAUGAGCUUAAAACACCGGAUUGUUUAUCGAAUCUUAAACAUGUUCAGAGUCACAUUUCAGUAUUGUACAAAUUGUGUUACCUAGCUUUUAAAGCACUUUUCACAGACCAAGAAUCGAAUUUAGUUUUUUCAAACUCUGAUUUAGACAAAUAUGGCCUAUCAGAAGACACAAUAAACUAUUUGUGUUCAGUUGGAAUUCUAUCAGAAAACAAAGCAAUCGGAUACCUGACCGAGCGAAAGCACACUUUGUCAUUUCCUCAUAAACUCUACCAAGAGUUUAUGGCUGCGUUAUAUAUUGCGAUGAGCGAAAACAAGAAAGACGACAUACGCGAUACAAUUGCAAAAGCAUGCAAAACGUUAGCCGAGGUUAAGAAAUUUUCUGAUGUUUUCAUCUUUUUGGCGAGUCUGGCUACGUUGUAGAAGCUUUAUUUCAAGAAGUGAAUGUUGGUUUAUCAACAGAUAGGGCUAUAUCUGACUACAGAGAGUUUUCUUGUUCAGCAAUGUUCAGUUUCAUUUCCCAGCGCCGUAAGCAAGUUGAGAAUAAGGUAAAAUCCGUGCAAGAUCUCGCUGUCAAAUAUUUUGAGGAAUGUAAGCGGUCAGGUGGUAAGGAUAUUGCCGUGAAAUUAGAGGAUGUUUUCAUUUACAAAAGUAAUGCAUGUCAAAUUCAGAAUAUGCUUAGAUCAAAUAAGAGCUCUGUAAAGUCAAUUUUCACUACGGGCAGUUAUCUAGAAGAAGAAAUGUGUUCCAUUGUCGGGUUGGUAAGACUGGAAAUAAGAUUCAUUAAGUCAGAUGAAGAUUUCCAAAAAAUACAGUAAAUUGAUGUGUGCAUCAAGUUUAACAUUGAAGAAUUUGUCAAUAAGUUACUGCAGUGAGAUUUCAGAGUUACCCUUGGCGAGGUUAAAUCAUUUGACGUCAAUUUAUUUCCACAACAUGGAAAUUAAACAUGACCACCUUAUAGAGCUUGCAGAAUUUAUCUCUAAAAAGCAUGACCUGUCGCAAAUUGGAUUGGAUGCAGUAAAAUGCGAAGACCAUGGCCACGAUUGGACUGUUGGUAAAUUUGAUCUUCAGCAUCAUGAGAAACUAUAUUUAUUAGGAAUCGCAGGCGUCAACUUUGAAGCCGUUUAUGUGAAUAGAUCUGAGUUAUUCAGACUAAAGCUGGACUACAUGAAAACAGUGGAGGCGGCGCGUUGGGCAAAACCGCUUUUGACCGACCUGGCGUUUGCACCAGUCUUGAAAAAGUUAGUGGUCAGCAAUAUCAAGGACAAUGACACUGUUGAAGCCUUAGUCAAGUUGAUUUCUUCUCUUCAGAAUCUGAAGUACCCGUAUCUAUUGAAUAUAGAAUUUUUUGACCAUAUACUCUGGCUGGAUCCGGAGGGUAAAGAAAUUGAUAUUGAAAUGUCCCAUGUGACUUUAACAAAUGAGUCUUUUCGUUGUUUUAUCGAUAGUGUCUUAAAAAGCAAGAGGAUUGUUUAUGUCAAUUUACUGUUUUACGCAAUCACAAAAGCAAGCACUGAUGCAUUCAGUCUGAUCAAGUCUUACCCCAGAUUGCAGCUCUUGCGGAACACAGAUGUCAGUUUGAAAUUCAGAACAAUGCCAUUAAAACAAAGUUGCCAAGUAUAGAACAAUAUGCCUUAUCGACAUUACUGACCGCCACUGAAAAUAGAUUUUAAAUAGAAAUAAAUUUAAAAAUUAAAAAGCAAAAGAAAUACAAAAUGUAUUAUCAACUACACCAGAGGGCGUUAACUGACGGUAGCGUGUAUUUCUACUACAGUCCGAGCCUACAUCAUUUGCAACAUUUUCAUUUGUGUCGUGUUGAGCGACCUUUGGAGUUCCCACUUUUUCAUUUCAUUUUUAACAAAAGGAAAACAUGACAGAAGGAGUUAAGAUUGAAAUCCAUAUCCUUCGAAUUUUCAAAAGAUUUACAAUUAACUUGCAAUUUGUGAGUGUCAUUUUAAUACCAGAUAAUAGAUAUUAGGUCAGGUUUUCACAUGUGAUCGUAAAACAACAAAACUAAACCACAUGUUGAUAUUGUUUCAUGUACAACGCAAUGGAGAUUAAUCAAGAUAAGAAAUAUAUAUAUAUAUGUUCAAGUUACAUGUACUAUAAUAAUUGAGUAAAAAUCUGUAUAUGAUCCUCAGAGAUGUAUACAUGAUGAUGAAAUAUAAAUUUCAUUUGUUUAUCAUUAGUGCAUUCUAAAGAUGACUGACAUUUUGGAAGCAGAACCAAUAGUUGGAAUGAAAAAUUUGAAAUAUUUUGAAGUAAAAGAAACGCUGUGUCUGCAGGAACGUACAUAAAUUAAUAGCUGUAACUAGCAGACACUAUUAUGAGUUAAGUUGCAGUUGCGUCUGGGUAGAAACAUACCUAAUUCCAUAUAUGAGACUUUGAAAGCUGGGACUCUACAACUGGAAACAAACCUAUGCAUGUAAUUCCGUAUAAGGAACCUAAUUAUACAGCUACAUAAACACAUACGUAUUACCCUACAUCUUAAUACAACAUACCCAAUUCCGUAUAGGGGACUUAAAUAGUUACAUACAAACAUAAUUCAUUCUGUAUAGGAAACUUAUUCAUCUACAUACAAACAUACCUUAUUCCGUAUAUGGAACUGAUACAUCCAUCUACAUACAAACAUACCUCAUUCCAUAUAAGGAACUUAUAUAUCUACAUAAAAACAGACCAAAUUCCGUAUAGGGAACUUAUACAUCUACAUGCAAACAUACCUCAUUCCGUAUAGGGAACUUAUACAUCUACAUACAACCAUACCUCAUUCCGUAUAGGGAACGUAUACAUCUUCAUACAAACAUACCUCAUUCCGUAUAGGGAACUUAUACAUCUACAUACAAACAUACCUAAUUCCGUGUCUGUAGGGGACUUUCACGAUAUAUUACCAAUGAACGACUGUUGUGAAAUGUUGAGUGACUCUGCUUCGCAUAUUAUCAUUUAUGCUUUUACUGAUAUAUGUAUAUUGAACAUUUGCAUUUUAUUGUCUUGGUUACAUGCAUUUGUCUAAUUGUUAAAUAUCAAAGGCAUUUAUAUACUAACUGGCAAUAAAUGAAAUGUAUGUUUAA